AGGCGUGGCGAAGUGGGUCACAUGGUGUAAAGCCCACGAACAUUUUGUCCUCCUGACCAACCCGCAGUCACACAACCAAGGGGAGUUCUCUGAAACCAGACGUACCUUCAAAAACCUGUUCCUCUGCAUCCUGCACAUUAUUCCCUGACUGAAGCUUAUUAUGAGAGUCGGAUCUGUCUCUGCAUUGAGUCAGUGUUGCUGAGUGGGUUCGUGAAGGUGGCAGACGUCGUGACUAAGAGUUGAAUUUAUUGUUGAAGAUCAGUUUUUUGGAGACUUUUUUUUCCUCGAGCAAAGAUGCCUGAGGAACUUGGGACAGCCAAACCUGGAGGAGUCAUAGCCUAUAUUUCCUCUGGCUCCGCCUCCAGCCCAGAGUCCUGUAUGAGCACCAGCCCCAGCAGCGGCUACCUGUCAACAUCACCCACCCCUUCCCGUCCCUCGUUGCCUAGCAGGGCCGUGGGCAUGGUGGUGGAUAUCUGUCCUCCAGCCAAGCGUGGACACGGCGUGGAGAAGGCAGGUCGCUCCUCCACAUCCGCCAAGAGCAGCAUCACAAAAAUCAACGGUAUGGUGCUGUUGUGCAAAGUGUGCGGUGAUGUGGCCUCGGGCUUCCACUAUGGCGUCCAUGCCUGUGAGGGUUGCAAGGGCUUCUUCCGGAGAAGUAUCCAGCAGAACAUCCAGUACAAGAAGUGUCUUAAGAUGGAGAACUGCACCAUCAUGAGGAUCAACAGGAACCGCUGCCAGCAGUGUCGCUUCAAGAAGUGUCUGGCUGUUGGGAUGUCCAGAGAUGCUGUCAGAUUUGGACGCAUCCCAAAGCGGGAGAAGCAGAGGAUGCUGCUGGAGAUGCAGAACGCCAUGAACAACAUGAUGAGUAAUAAUAGCCAGCUGCACGGCAUGCUGCACGGCCACCAGAGCCCAUCGCUGCCCAUGGAGGCAAUGACCAGCGGAGACUCCAGCUCCUCGCCCUCCUCUUCCUCCUCCUCCUCUGCUUCCGAUUCCCCCUCAUGCUCCAACCCGUCCUCCCCUCAGUGCCCCCAGGACUCCGAGUCCGUCGUUUCAAUGGACACCAACUCCAGCUCCGCCUCCUCCUGCUCGUCAGACAGCGGCGAGGACGAGGCUGUGGUGACCAGGCAGCACCAAGAUUCUUUCACGUAUAAACAGGAGAGGUCACCGAGGCAGGACCAGGCCUCGCCCUCGCCUGUCGCCCUGGAAACAGGAUGCGACAACCGCAUGGAGGAGCAGCAGCGGGAGAGCUGGAACAGCUGGAACAACGGCCCAGCUGGUUUCCAGCACUGUUCAUACAGUAACAGCCAACGCGUCACCAACACUGCUUACAGGGAGGAGAGAGGAGUUUACCAGCAGCAGCAGCAGCAGCCUCAGCAGCAGCAGCAGCUCAACAGCGCCCCUAGCUGUGAACCAUCAGAACACAGCCAAUUCAACACACAAUCUGCCUCAAGUGGUUACAGCGGACAAGCACACAGAGCACACUUGGUCUGUCCCAUGAACACAACACCCUACGUGGACCCCCGAAAACCCAGCCAAGAGAUCUGGGAGGAGUUCUCCAUGAGCUUCACCCCCGCCGUGCGGGAAGUGGUCGACUUCGCCAAGAGGAUCCCAGGCUUCCGUGACCUCUCUGAGCACGACCAAGUCAGCCUGCUGAAAGCUGGAACUUUCGAGGUGCUGAUGGUCCGAUUCGCCUCUCUUUUCAACAUGGUUGAGCGGACGGUGACUUUCCUGAGCGGCAAACGCUACAGCCUUGACAUGUUACGAUCUCUGGGCGCAGGCGAGCUGCUCAACUCCAUGUGCGAGUUCAGCGAAAAGCUAGCUGCUCUGCGGCUCGACUCAGACGAAAUGAGCCUCUUCACGGCCGUGGUGCUCGUCUCAGCCGACCGCUCAGGGAUGAAGGACUUGAACUCAGUGGAGGCCCUGCAGGACCAACUGAUCCGUGCUCUGCGAAACCUUGUGAUGCAGAACCACGGAGAGGAGUCGUCCACCACCUUCACCAAACUGCUACUCAAACUUCCCGAGCUGCGUUCACUCAACAACAUGCACUCAGAAGAACUGCUCUCCUUCAAAGUGCACCCAUGAAAGCUUCCUGAGUGGGCACCCAUCGCUGCCCCUCCACCUCCACCUCCACCAGGACCUGCCUCUUACUGCCCCACCUUGUUCUUCUUCGACCAACCCUCGUUUGUGUGUCAGUUUCUAGAAUGUAUUAAAAGUGAUUUUUUAUCUAUUUUUGUUAAGUAGACCGCGUGGGGGUCUGAGGAGAGAAGAAUAAAAAACGUACUGUAUUUAUAGAAGAGAUAGCUUACGCUUGUUGCACACAAACACACGCAAGUGCGAGUGUGUGAGAGCUUCUGAGUGUGGCGAAGUUUGACGGCGCUUCUUUCUGUUUGGUGAAUGAAACAAGAGCACUUAACUGGCUUUAGGAGAACUUAGAGUAGAAACCAUUAAGUCAAUCCACAAGCCAUUUAAUUCCAAAGUGUAUUGUCUGAUGAGCGGGUGAAUGUGAGAGACGUUAUGAAACACACACCGCAUGUUUGUUUGGUCCAAUAUUUUGACAGAGAAGGCAAGCUAUCAGAAAUGUAUCUCUGAAUGUGUGACGAUCGCUGCUAAUGCAUGGCUGUACUUAAUGCAAAUAAUUCUUACUUGGAUCUUCUCCCCUUGCCUCAGAAAGCAUCAGUCUGUGGUUUUCAGCAUGUAGAAAGUGUUUCAUGUUUUCUUUUUAUUUAAAGCUUUUGGUUUUUUUUUACA